ACUCAAUCCAAUAACAUACUAGCACAACAAUGAAGGCAUUCGUCGCUUUUGCUCUCCUGAUCGCCGCGGUCGUCGCAGAACCACCAAGAUAUCGUCCGCAGCAAAGACAAUUCUUCUUCGCUAGACAACAAGAAGAUCCCAACACUGCCAAUGCACCCUAUCCAGCUUCCAAUUGGAGACCAUCUGGACCGGCCUUCAAUCUUCCCCAACGAGAACCUAACAGGCAAUACGGACAACCUAGUGCGCCACAGCAGCAAUAUGGCGGACCUGCUACUCCACAGCAACAAUAUGGAACACCUAAUGCACCUCAGCAGCAAUAUGGCACACCUGCCAAUCCACAACAACAAUAUGGAACACCCAGUGAACCUCAACAGCAAUACGGAACACCCAGUGUACCCCAACAGCAAUAUGGACCAGCACAGGAAGCUACCACCACCCAAGUGCCCACCACCACGGAAGUGGAAGACUUUACUACCGUACCUAGUGUCACUGAGUCCGAGUCCGAGCCCGUCAACUCUGUGAACGAGCUCGAAGACGAAGACACCGAUGAGCAUCAACCCCAGCAGUCUGGCGAGUACUAUGUGGCCUUACCCGAUGGCCGUCUUCAACGUGUUCGCUAUGUCAGCCGACAAAAUAUCGAGGCCAUGAAGUACUUCGCUAAGAUCCGCGCUGAAAACGUGGAACCUCUUCGUGGACCGAUCUACGCGUACGCUCCUCUACAGAAAUUGCAAGUCGUGCCAGCUGGACUCCAGGUGUCCGUUGCUCCAGUUGCACCGAUCGCUGCAGUCGAAUCGAAACCGCAAAAACUCGAGAUCCAACCCGUGGCCACGCAAGUGCAGUACCAGUAUGACAAUCCAGCUGGAGUACUUCCGUUGUCGUCUGGUUCCUCUUACGCCACUUACCAAGUACCCGCCAGCGAGUCUAGAUACCUCUUAACCUUGCCUUAG